AUGAGAAAAGACUCUGUUAUAGCAAAUGUUGCAGAUAAUCUUGGAUUAAACAUUACCAAUCUGUCAUCUAGAAAACUGCAGAUUGUUUCCCAUGCCUCAGAACAAUAUUUUUAUGUGAACCUAGGUAAUGGAAAUCUCUAUGUGAAGGACAGGAUAGACAGAGAGACACUGUGUGGGGCAGCUGCUACCUGUUCUCUUAUAUUUGAUGUAAUGGUUGAAAAUCCCUUCUAUGUUUUCAAUAUCAAAAUAGAAAUUCAGGAUAUAAAUGAUAAUGCUCCAAUGUUUUUCCAUGACAGAAUUAUUCUAGAAAUUAUUGAAUUUACAUCACCCGGUGCCAGAUUUGCUUUACAACAAGCAAUAGAUCCAGAUAUUGGUAUCAAUUCUAUACAGACAUACAAGCUCAGUGAUAAUCAAUAUUUUUCACUGUCUGAAACACACAGGGAUGAUGGGAGUACAUUUCCAGAGCUUGUUUUAGAGAAAGCUUUAGACAGAGAGACACAAAGUAACCAUGAAUUAAUUCUAACUGCAUUGGAUGGAGGAAACCCUGUUAGAUCUGGUACAGCCAUAAUAAAAAUAAUUAUUACUGAUGGAAAUGACAAUGCUCCUAUAUUUACACAAAAUGUGUAUAAAGUCAGUGCCAAUGAAAAUGCUCCUAUUAACUCAACUGUAAUUACAGUGGAGGCCACAGACAAAGAUGAAGGCAUCAAUGCACAAGUUACAUAUUUAUUAAGUAAAACAUCAGAAAGCAUUCAUCGUAUGUUUAGCAUCAACUCUACAAAUGGUGAAAUAAAAACAAAUAAAGAUAUCGAUUUUGAAACAAUAAAAAAUUAUGAACUAUCUAUACAAGCCAAAGAUGGAGGAGGCCUUGUUUCCCAUGCCAAGGUCCUAAUAGAAGUCUUAGAUUACAAUGAUAAUGCUCCUGAGAUAAUCAUUACCUCAUUAUCCUCUUCUAUUCCUGAGGAUUCUGAACCUGGAACAGUGAUUGCUGUAAUAAGGGUCCAUGAUCAAGAUUCUGGGGAAAAUGGAGAAGUUGACUGUCAGAUUAAAGAGAAUGUACCUUUUGAGUUAAUUCUAUCAUCUAACAGAUUCUAUAAGAUUGUUACCACAAAAGCUGUAGAUAGAGAAAAAAUCUCUAGCUAUAACAUAACUGUUGUAGCUACUGACAGAGGAUCUCCUUCACUUUCCAGUGGAAGAACCAUCAGAUUAGAGAUAUCAGAUACUAAUGACAAUCCACCAGUGUUUAUGAAAUCCGCAUAUGUAGCUUAUGUACCAGAAAAUAACUUACCAGGAGCCUCAAUAUACAGUGUAAGAGCUUUAGAUACUGAUGCUGGUGACAAUGCUAAGAUUAUGUAUUCACUUUUUAAUGCAAACAUGGAAGAUCCCCCAGUAUCCAUUUAUCUAUCUAUUAAUAUAGAGACUGGAGUUCUGUAUGCUCAGAGGUCAUUUGAUUUUGAGCAAAACAAAGAGUUCCUAUUACAGGUAACUGCUAGAGACAAUGGGUCACCAUCUCUGAGCAGCAAUGUCACAUUAAUUAUUCGAAUAGUGGAUCAAAAUGACAAUGCACCAAAAAUCCUGUACCCUCCACCAGAAAAUGGCUUAACUAUCUUUGAGAUGGUACCUUUUUCCGCCGAACCUGGAUCUUUAAUAACAAAGGUGGUUGCAGUGGAUGAAGACUCUGGACAUAAUGCUUGGCUGUCGUAUCAUUUUAUUCAAGUCUCAGAACCAUUUUAUUGUACCAUUAGUGAACAUACUGGAGAAAUCAGGACAUCAAGGUCCUUUCUAGAAAAGGAUGUACUAAAUCAUAAAGUUGUGGUGAUGGUGAAGGACAAUGGAGCCCCCUCUCUCUCAGCUACUACCACCUUAAGUCUUGUUGUUGCAGACAGUUUUCAACAAUUGGUUCCUAAAAUUACCAGUCGUGCUAAUGAUGGUAAUCCUGAUGCAAACCAGCAGUUAUACUUAGUAGUUGCCUUAGCACUGAUUUCCUUGUUAUUUAUUGUAACUAUUAUGGUGGUUAUCAUAUCAAAGUGCAGAGCUUCAAAAUCCCCAACAACCUCAUUUAGUACAAGUUUGUAUCCUCCCAUGGAUCCCAGAGUGCUGUCUAUGUAUAGUGAUGGAACAUUAUCACUCCCCUACCCAUAUAACUUCUGUGUGACUUUGGAUUCAGCUCAGCAGACAAUGACUUUACCUAUGUUCCACCACAUCAAAGUGUCCCUGUGGAAAAUUUAA